AUGGAGACUAAGGUAGAUGAAGAAGCUCCACUGUUGAAAGCUCAAGAGUUUCCUGAAGUCGAAAGGAACAAUUGGAUACACAAGGCAAUAGGUCAGACUUUUCAGACCACAGCUCAUCUAGCUAACCAUUUACCAACAGGGACAGCUCUCGCUUACCAAGUCUUAUCGCCAGUUCUCACAAACGGUGGGCGCUGCGAUUUAGCUAGCAGAUUCAUGACAGAAAUGCUGGUGUCCAUCUGCGGAUUCACUUGCUUCAUACUCAGCUUCACUGACUCUUACAGGGACUUGAAUGGAACUGUUUGCUAUGGUUUUGCCACAACCAACGGCCUCUGGAUAAUCGAUGGCAAAGCUGUUCUACCUAAAGAACGUUCCAAAAGCUACAGACUACAGUUUAUAGACUUCGCACAUGCCAUUAUGACGUUAAUGGUGUUUGGAGCCGUGGUUAUGUUUGAUCGGAAUGUGGUCAACUGUUUCUUCCCAAAACCAUCAGCUGAAGAAGCGGAGCUUCUCUCAGCUUUGCCUGUAGCCGUAGGAGUCUUUUGCAGUAUGAUGUUUGCUACGUUUCCUACUACACGCCAUGGUAUCGGUUUCCCACUCUCUGCUCAUUGCUAA